AAAGAGAAAAAGGGCAAACACAGACAUCAUCUUAAUCGCUUCAUAAUGCUAAUGGCAAUCAUUGUUCCUGGUUGCCUCACACCCGCAUGCCCUCUCUUUCACUUGCUUCUCUCUCUCUCUCUCUCCCCACUAUAUAUACACUCCACUCCUUCCACAUCACUACAGUCACAGUCCCAUCCCUUAUCGCACCACCCAUAGUCCCGAGCCUUCUUCCUCACAUCUUUACACCAUCAUCAAUGGCCGCUUCCGGUUUCGAGGGCUUCGAGAAGCGCCUGGAGCUCCACUUCUCCGGCGACAACCCGGCAGCGGUCCGAAUGGGCCUGCGGCGGAUUGGGUUCGAGUCGCUGGAGCGGGUCUUGGACGAGGUCCAGUGCACCGUCGUGUCGGCCCUCGGAAAUGCUCACCUGGAUGCCUACGUGCUGUCGGAAUCGAGCCUCUUUGUGUACCCGACUAAGAUCGUGAUCAAGACCUGCGGGACCACGCAGCUGCUCAAGUCGGUCCGUCCGCUGGUGGCUCAUGCCCGUGAUCUGGGCCUCACCCUAUGCCUGUGUAGGUACACCAGGGGCAGCUUCAUUUUUCCUCUCGCCCAACCUUUUCCCCACACCAGCUUUCAGGAAGAGGUGGCCUACUUGGAAGGUUGCUUGCCCACUAACGCUUGCUCCAGGAAGGCGUCUAUCAUGCACUCCCACGUGGCGGCCACCCACUCCUGGCACGUGUUCACCGCGUGUGAUCCGGCUCUCGUUGCGGACGCGUGGCCGGCACCGGACGUUAUCUACACCGUCGAGGUGUGCAUGACCGAGCUUGACAGAGGGCGGGCGCAGAAGUUCUUCGGGCGGCCAGGCGACGGGAAGACUGGCGACUCGGCUGGGAAAGAAAUGACCGCCGUCACCGGCAUCGGGGAGAUCAAUCCCGGGGCACUCAUCUGCGAUUUCGCUUUUGACCCGUGCGGGUACUCGAUGAAUGGGAUCGAUGGCGACCGUUACUCGACGAUACACGUGACGCCAGAAGAGGGGUUUAGUUACGCAAGUUAUGAGUGCGUGGGAUCCGUAUACGACGAUGGCGAUGACAUUGUAAGGAUGCUGAGACAGGUGGCGUGGGUGUUCCGGCCGGGGACCAUGUCGGUGUCGGUGACGAGCGUGAGCAGCCAAGUAUGGACGAGAGUCGCGAAUGCGCUCGAGCCACUAGGGCUGAAGUGCCGGAGUUGUGCAACGGAUCAGUUCCCAGAAGCCGGGACAGUCGUCUUUCAGACGUUUACAUCUAGACGUGCGUGAUGACAGCGACGAAACUGGUUGGUAUAAAUGAAAAAACAAAAAGAGGGUGUAGGACAUAAUAUUAGGAGUUUAGAAGAACAAGAAAGAAUUUCUAGGGGGAACGGUUGAGCAAAUAUAUAUGUGGAGUUGACUUGUGUUAGAUAAAAAACAUGAGACAUAGGGAGCCAGAAAGAGAAGGUUGAUGUGCAAAAGUUGUAAUAGGGGGUGGGCUCAUCAUGAUAAUGCACCCCACUUAUGCUAAAGUUUUUGUUUGUCACGCCUAAGUUUUUUGCGGUUUAUGAUAAGUGGGGAAGAGCAUUGAUGUCGUGCUUUCAUCAACCUUUUUUCUUGCUCUUUAUGAGACCAAUUGGUUUUUCUUUUUGUG